GUCGCAUUCACGAACUUGAGAGUCAGGUCUUUGUUAUCCUACGCAUCUUACCAUCGAAGACCACGCUUUCUCCUCCAAAACACACAAGACACCUGUACCUUGUACCAAUGUCUGAUAUCGAGUCGAUCUACCAAAGUCUCGAAGACAAGGCUUGUGCGGUCCCUCGCUAUGAACUAGCUGGCCUACUGUUCGGAUUUCUGAAGAAUGGCGCGGAUAUUGGCGUCCAGAAAGCAACCGACAAAGUCAGAGCCAACUGGUGCACGAUACAUCCGGCCACCAGGACCAAACAAUGCGAGGACGACACGUUUCGAGAGUUCGAGGAACUAUGCAAGAGUGGAAGUCCGGAAAGCUUCAUCGAGGAUUCUCUGAAUAAGAUCUAUGGGGAACCUCUCUGCAAGAGGAUCAGCGACAUUGGCGAUGCCUUCGUUGCGCUCUUCCAGGCGGCGGACGCUGAUGGAAGCCACACUACUCACGAAGAGGCGCGCCAACGCAUAAGAGAUGCGGAGAGCGAGAUGGAGAAAUUCUACCAAUCUGGGAAUUGGUGGUUAAUGAGGAAGCUCGUAGGACGAGAUCUUUGGGAGUGGGGAAUGCCUGAGCAGGAAAGGGAGGAGGUGGAAGCUCGGGCCCGAUUGGCGAGGGAACAAGUAGUCCGGGCAGAGGUUGUGUUCUUUGAGUUAAAGAAGAUAUACCAGUGUCUGAGGGUGCAGGAUGGAAUUUCAGAUCGGAUUGGAAGUUAGAGGGUGGAAGAUGUUGACGUUGCAGUUGAGGGGGCGGACGGCUUGGACUGAUUGAGAAUCUCCUACCUAUUCAGGAAUGUAUGUUAAUGAUAAUGGAAGAACUACCAAGGGAG